UCGCUCAGCUGAGUCCGAGCUGUGCCAUCAGACUUCGCGGAGGCAGCGCAGGAUGGAGCCGCUGGAGAAGGAGAAGGACGGAAGAGGCGGAAAGGCUGCGAGCACUAAAGAGAAGGAUCAGAGUUGGAUUCCCAAGAUCAUCAAGAAGCGAGUUUGUACCACUUUUGUGGAAGACUCUUUCAGUAAUGGACGGUUGUGUCAGUGCGGUGGUGUGCGGGAGGUGCAUGACUCCGUGGCGACAGGGGACUACUUUGGAGCGGCUAUUGUCACGCAGUGGGACAGCAGACAGCACUCUUCAGAGUGUCCCACUGACGCCUAUGGAGAGCUGGAGUUUGCUGGAGCUGGACGAAGACACAGUCACUUUCUGCGACUAUCAUGUGACACAUCACCUCAGAUCGUCUACACCCUGAUGACGGCUCACUGGGGCCUGCCCUCCCCCAACUUGGUGGUGUCGGUGGUUGGGGGCGAGGGCCAUGAAAAGAUCAAAACAUGGGUGAGGGACAUCCUGAGGAAUGGGCUGGUCAGGGCUGCACAGAGCACAGGGGCCUGGAUCUUGACGGGGGGUCUGAGGGAGGGCGUGUCCCGCUGUGUGGGUGAAGCAGUAAGGGACCACGGGGCCGCAGCUCCGGUUCUCUCCCAGAAGAAAGUGAUUGCUGUGGGACUGGCACCCUGGGGCCUGGUGCACAACAGGCAGCAGCUGGUCAACGCUCAGGGGAGUUUCCCUGCUCGAUACUACGUUCAGAACACAUCACGUGACUCCUGCUGCCUGGACAACAACUGCCAGGCUUUCCUCCUGGUGGAUGAUGGGAGCGUUGGUCGCAGAGGUGGAGAGACAGCCUUUCGCGCAAAUCUGGAGGACUACAUUUCCCAUCAGCGUACCGGCAUUUGGGGUAGUGGCAGCAUUGAAAUCCCAGUGCUUUGCAUGCUCAUCUCAGGAGACGCCAACAUGCUGGAGAGAUUAGACGCCUCUCUGAGGAAAGCUACGCCCUGGCUGGUUCUUGCUGGUUCUGGUCCAGCUGCAGACCUUAUCAGUGAGCUGCUGGGCAAUCUCUCCCCCCCUGUUUCUCCUUCAGCAGAGGGGGAGGCUGCUCAGGGUCUCAGCACAGAGCACCGCGACAGGAUCCGCGACAAGAUCCGGAAACACUUCCCAGCUGAGGCUGAGCUGGAGAAACUGGUGGACAGCGUUCUGAGUAUCUAUCAGAACAGAGAGCUCAUCACUGUUUUCCAAGGGGAACAGGAGGGUUCUGAUGAUUUCGACACAGUUCUCCUCAAAGCACUUGUCCGAGCUAGUAAACGUGUCAGUAGUGAAGCCAGUGAGUGCACUGAAGAGCUGAAACUGGCUGUGGCCUGGAACAGAGUGGACAUCGCCAAAGCUGAGCUCUUCAAUGGAGACAUACAGUGGAAGUAUGAGGACCUGGAAGACUCCAUGACAGAUGCGCUGGUCAACGACAAGCCCCAGUUUGUGCGUCUCUUUUGCGAGAACGGUCUGAACAUCCUGGACUACCUGACGUACCGGCGCCUGGAAAGCUUGUACCGCUCGCUGUCGGACAGCUCGCUGGCCUACACGCUGCUGCAGAGGCGUCUGAGCGAGAGGCAGGCCCUGGCUGGAUCCCUGCCCAGCCUGGACAGAUCGGUGACCAUCCCUCUGAAGAGUCCAGAGAGUGCACUAACUGGACCUGCCUCAGCCAUGGAGCUGAGCCUGUAUGAGGUAUCCCGCCUGCUGUGGGACUUGUUGGGUGAUGUCUGUCAGCCUUUCUACUACGGACCUCUGGGUCUGGACCCCAGCGCCAGCACCAGGAGGACUCACAAGCAAGUCAAUAAGAUCCUGGUGGGGGACCGUUUCUACCAGGACCAGCGCUGCCUCUCACCCUGGGCAGCCCUCUUCAUCUGGGCUGUCCUGCAGAACCGCAGGGAAAUGGCUCUUUACUUCUGGGAAAUGGCCGGGGAGUCCGUGCUGAGUGCUCUAGGAGGCUGUAAGAUGCUGAGGGAGCUUUCCAAGCUCGAGAGUGAGACUGAGAACAAGCUGUCCAUGAAGGAACUGGCUCAGAAGUUUGAGAAACUGGCACUUGACGUAUUCGGCGAGUGUUACCAGAACAGCGAGAAUCGCGCCUUCACUCUCCUCAUUAGGCAGUCUCCGGUGUGGGGUGGGGCGACGUGCCUACAGAUGGCCACGGCGGCCGACGCCCGCCUUUUCUUCAGCCAUGAUGGAGUUCAGUCUCUGCUCUCUCAGAUCUGGUGGGGUGACAUGGAGAGGAACACUGAGGUUUGGAAACUGGUUCUCACCUUCUUCCUGCCCCCCCUCAUCUACACCGACCUUAUCAGCUUCAGGGAACAAGAGGAGGAGGUUAAGUCGUUGGAGGUCUACCACGGCAGGGACACUGACAGCCUGGAUGGGAACGAUGCCACUGUCUUCUCCCUUGCUGACAUUAUACAAAGUGAGGAGGAGGCUGAAGAGCUCAAAGCUCUAAAAGAAAACCUGAAAGGCUCCUUGCCAUCCAGCUCCAAGAGGCCAUUUAUUGUGUCACGGUGGAGACAGUUCUGGUUCGCCCCCGUCACCUCAUUCCUCGGCAAUGUGCUGAUGUACUUCCUCUUCCUCUGCCUGUUUGCCUAUGUCCUGUUGGUGGACUUCAAGCCCCCGCCCCCUGACGGCCCCUCAACUCUGGAGUUUGUGCUUUACUUUUGGGUUUUCACCUUAGUAUGUGAAGAGAUUCGGCAGACCUUCUUUGUGGGCAGUACCUUCUUGCUCCAGAGAAUGAGGAACUACAUCCAGGAUGUGUGGAACAAGUGUGAUCUCACAGCCAUCACUCUCUUCACUCUGGCUCUGUGCUGCAGAAUGUUUCCCUGGUCGUAUGAGUUCGGCCGAGCUGUGAUGGCCAUAGAUUUUAUGGUCUUCACGCUACGUCUGAUCCAUAUCUUUGCCAUCCACAAACAGCUCGGGCCCAAGAUCAUCAUUGUUGGCAAAAUGAUGAAGGAUGUUUUCUUCUUCCUUUUUUUCCUGGCCGUGUGGCUCGUGGCCUAUGGAGUGGCAAAUCAGGCGCUCCUCUACUCAUACGAUCCCCGGCCUAACUGGAUAUUCCGCCGAGUGUUCUACAGGCCGUACCUGCACAUUUUUGGACAGAUACCCAUCAAUGAAAUGGACGCUGACAAACUUGGGGAAGUAGACUGUACAAACAACGCCACACGAAUCGAAGCAGGAGAGGAGCCCUGCGUGAGCACCUACGCCAACUGGCUGGUCGUCAUCCUCCUCGUCAUCUACCUGCUGUUUACCAACAUAGUGCUGGUCAACCUUCUCAUUGCUAUGUUCAGCUACACCUUCUCCAAAGUUCAGGAGCACAGUGAUACCUACUGGAAGUUUCAGCGUUACAACCUGAUCGUGGAGUACCACUCGAGGCCCUGCCUGGCACCGCCCUUCAUCAUCAUGUCACACCUCCACCUGUUCAUCAAGAGACACAUCCGCCACAUCUCCUCAGUCAAGAGCAAACACUUUGUUCUGGAGUUGCGGGGCAGAAAGGCCAGCCGCCUCAACACAUGGGAGGCCAUCCAGAAAGAAAACCACCUCUCAGCUCAGAAUAAGCGGCAGAGGGAGACUGACUCAGCGCGACUUAAACGCACAUCUGUCAAGGUGGACACUGUGCUGAAGCAGAUGGCAGAGAUCCGUGACCAUGACCGAAGGUUGCGGCUGUUGGAGACAGAGCUGGAGUACUGCUGCAGCGCCCUCACCUGGAUGACAGAUGCUCUGUCUCAGAGUAAUGUGAUAAAGGCCGACCGCCCCCCUCCGCUCCUCAGAGAUCUGUCUCCGCUGUCUCCGCACUGACUUUGUGAACUCCAGGGUCACACACUUUGCUCAGGGCCAUUGUGUCAUUUCAUUUUGUUUUAUUUUGUAUGAGGUGUAUUAAUUCGUUGUGUUAAGAGUUUAUUACAGUUGUGCCAGUUGUGCAUUUACUGCUGUCUGCUGCAGUGCCUUUUCCAUUCUCCUUGGUUUCUGCUCCACAACCUGCUUUGUCAUUAAUCUCAUUUCCAGAAGCAGCAGCUGUUCUCAGAGAAAAAGCCUUUAAAAUCCAUUUGCCUUCUACCUGCUGAGCAGCAAACAGCAGACACACACAGUCAGAGAGCAGCUGGUGAACAUAGUGGAGCACUUAGCAACCAAUGAGCCAGAUAUCUCCCCUCGGGAGCUGGUGGAGACCAAAAACAGAGCAAAAAAGAGGGGAUACUGGAUUUGGAUUCAUAAGGUGGACUUAAACACCACUCCAGAUGAAGGAUCAUGUUGAUCUGUAACUGCUGGAUGUGGAAAUGAGACAUUCACCAUAACAGCUUUAUAGGGUGAUAUUAUUUUAGAUGCAAUUCCCGAUAAAAAGUGGUUUGUCAUAAUGUCAAGCACCAGCAGAAAAUCUGACAUUAGUUGUAGCUUAUGUAGUACAAUGGUAGCUGGGGUGCAAGGGACCCAUCAAAGACUGCACAGGGCUUCAACAGCUCAGGAGGAACGCACAACGUGUCACUUUACACAAAAUCUGCAGCAGUCACUGAGGUAUCCAGACAAAACACUCAGCAUCUGCUAUCUAUGCUUUCACAUGGGAUAAAACCUCUUAGUGGUGGUGGUAGGGCGGUAUUGGUGUGUGUGUGUGUGUGUGUGUGUGUGUGUGUGUGUGUGUGUGUGUGUGUGUGUGUGUGUGUGUGUUUGUGUGUGUGUGCAUUGUAAACCAGUAAGUGCCUUUGUUUUUGUUAAACAGUUACUUCAGACAAAUACUGUAUGUACGCUGUAUGUAUGUAAAUCAGGUUUGAUUCAUUCUGCACCAAAGUCUUUAAUAAACAGAGUUUGUCUACAUUGUGA